AUGGACACUCCCACGGAUCAAUCCUCCGUCAUUUAUGAGAAGGCGAUCCGAAAGUACCGCGAAAUCACGGGGGAGACUCUCGGGGUCGACUUUUUCACAAAGAUUCGCAGCGUCAGCGAUCUCACGAAAGAGAUCGACGAGAGGAACAGAGCCUUCCGCGAAUUCCGCGAAAAACGAGGCGCCAUCUUCGAUGUUCUCAAAGCGGCUCUGGUUCCCGUGCAAUUGUUCGGCAACCUCGCGGCUGGAGGCGCGUCGAUGGUAUUCGCCCCCAGUAGUCUUGUCUUUGGGGCUGUUAUGCAAUUGGUGGAUGCUGCAAAGGGGGUAUCGGCCUCGUACGAUGCGAUUCAGGACUUGAUGCAGAUGCUGCAGGAUUUCACCAUCCGACUAAGAACAUACACACAAGAGGUUAUCUCCGAAGCUAUAAGCGACAAACUGGGGGAUAUUAUCGUUACCCUUAUCGAGAUUUUUGCCUUGUCAUCCAAGACCAUCCAACGAGGCCGACUGCUGAAGUUCACCCGGAAUAUUCUACUGGGUAACGACGACGCUAUUCAAGCCGCGAUGGCCAGGCUUGACAAGCUUACCCAGGUCGAAGCGAACCUAGUUGGAGCUGAGACCUUGACCGAGUCGAAGAGAGCCGGUCGUGUAGUUGAUGGUAUAUCAGUGACCGUCAACGCCACCAACGCGACAGUCCUGGAGACCGGGAUGACGGUGAAUCAGAUGAGCGCGCAGGUGCAUGACGUGCAGGAUAUGCUAGAGAAGCUGAUCGUUUCCGCGAAUGAAAAAAGCCAGGACACCCGGGAGGAUCAAGAAGCCCUGCAGCGAGUGAUAAACCAGGUUCUUAGGCCAUCCAAGGUUGAUUCAGCGCAGGAAUGGUUCGACAAGAUCCACAAGGCCCGUGUACCGAGCACAGGAGACUGGGUUCACAGGGAUGAUGUUUUUCAGUCCUGGAUCAAUAAGGAAACGCCGGUCAUCUUUGUCUCCGGGAACCCGGGUUCCGGGAAGUCUUUUCUGGCGGCAAAUAUGAUCAGUUUCCUUCUCAAGCGGUUUCCCCCAGGCCUUCAGUGUAGUCCGAUGAUUUCGAUCGGCUACUUCUUCUUCAAGGAUGACAAACCCGAGACAAGGUCCUUUCAUCAGGCUUUGCGAGACCUGGCCUUUCAAAUCAGCAGGAAUGACCCGGAAUACCGAAAGCAUCUCGGGACUAUCGAGGAAUAUGAACAAAUCAGCACUCUUGAAAGCGCGUGGCGUCUCCUCUUCGGUGAAUACUUUCUCAAAAAUCCCAAAAUCGAGAGCACCGUGUAUAUCCUGCUGGAUGCAGUAGAUGAAGCCCUGGAUGAGGAGCGCAAGUGCUUCGUCGAUCUCGCAAAGCAGUUGUAUAGCAACCAGUCGUGUUUGCAGCUAGCCAUCGUUGGCCGCCCUUAUAUCAGCGACCAACUGCUCGAAGGCUUGGAGGCUAAGGUGCCAACGCUUCACGUCACCAAACAGAAGAACUCCGGCGAUAUUACCCAGUAUAUCCACGUCAGCAUCAAAAAGUCCCUGGUUCUGCGAAGGGUGUCGGCAAAGCUACGGGAUGAGAUCAUUGAGAAACUCUCGGCCAGGGCCGAAGGCAUGUUUCUUUGGGUAAACCUUAUGCUGCAGGAGUUAGCUAAGAAGCGAAAUGAGACCAGUAUACGGAGAGCUUUGGAUCAGGCUCCCAAGGGGCUUAAGGAGAUGCUCCGACAUGUCUUGGCCACUUUCUCUGAAAGAUCUAAUGAGGAGGAGCUCGAGUAUCUCAAUGAAACAUUGCUCUGGGUCACCUGCGCAAAUCAACCGUGGAGACUGGCCGAGAUAGAGGCGGUUCUCAGAUUGAAAUCACCCGAAGGAGACGGUAUGAUUGACCUUGAAGGAGCCCUACGACGCCAGUGGGCGUCAUUCUUCUCCCUGGACAGAGAGGAUGGCCUUACGACAGCCGAGCUAGAGGAUGGAUCAGCCGAUCUAGAUGCGUUCGACUGGAGGACGGAGGAGGAGAAACAAGAUGAAUAUGAGAGUCCCGAGGAGGACUACUUCAUGGCCUUCAACUCAAAAAAGGAUACAACUACCGUCACCUUCUGUCAUGCAUCCAUUGGCGACUUCUUUCGCGAUGAGCUAGAGGGCAAGGUGUCCGCUACAGGGGGUCACAUUGGCGUCGGGGUGAAUUACAAUGAAGCGAAAGUUCAUAUCCUCCUGACUUACUUAAGGCUCAUCACCAAUCCCGACUUUGCAACGAAGGCCGACGACUCAGGGCGCAUGCUCCGACAUGCUGCGCAGCAUUGGGGAGAUCACCUGCUCACUACUUUCCCGUCCAAGGGCUCAACGGAAGAUAGACGAGAGAUCGCGAAGAUGCUAUUGACGGCCUUUCGAUCAGAAGAAUCAAUGUCGAACUGGCUUGGGGGAAAUGAUUGGGCUCUUUCUACUGCUAUCAUCAAAGCUGUCCGACAAUGGUGGCAAGAGCAAGACGUCCAGGAGUUUCUAUCUCCGGAAGAGAAGGAGUUUAUCUCCACGACAGUGGAAGAGCCAGCCAAUUUACUCAAACCAAUGGUAAUGUUCUGCAUCAAGAGGUGGCUGUGGGAAGACUUGCCUAGUCCUGCUCCCAUGGUCUCUAUAGUCAGGCGCUACCAAAUGCUGGUUAAGGGUGAAGAGGUCCAGGAUGACAAUAGGAAUCUAACGGCGGAAGAGGUGGUCGAGGCCGCUGAGUUUGGUGGCUUCGAGAAGACCAGUCAGUGGUUUCAACAAUGUGCAAUCGCUCUGCGCGAAUCGGGGUGCCAUGAGGAGGCCCUACAGUAUUUUGAAAAGGCGAUGGAACUCAAUCCGGACAACUGGCGGACCCUGCAUGAGCUAGCACAAACAUAUCGGGAGCAAGACGAUUGGCAGAAAUCUAUUGAGCUCUGGGAACGGGCUCGACUAAGUUUGUUGACCACAAUUGCGGAGGCACCAGAUAACGUGCCAUUGAAAGGACAUCUUCAUGAGUGUCUAGAACGUAUGGCUCAGAUCUAUGAAGAACAAGAGGACCGGGAGAAACGAUUCGAGGCGGUUCAAGAGGCAUAUCAAUACGCACCCUCUUGCUGGACAUGUGUCUAUGCCCUUCUGGAAUACCAUAACGACAACUGUGCUUACGAAGUAAGCAUGAACUUGCUGAAGAGUUUGGCCGACAGUCCAGCUCCUGAAGAAGAUUUCUCAGAAUUAACGCGAUUCUUACUGGCCAACGUCUUUGAUGUGGACGGCAAGUCAAGACUUGCUGCCGACGCCGCAUCGGCUACCAAUGACCUGGACUUCGUGUUGGAGAGCCUGCAAACGGCGGCCAGGGUGGCUCGAACAGCUUCGAGGACGUUGAUUGCCGCAGAGGUGGAUAUGGCAAUCGCUCGAAUCUAUGAUGAGAUCCUUUUUGACCACCUGAAGGCAAUCAGGUGCUGGGAGAAGAUCAUGGAUACAUACUCCUCCUCCUCCGCCGGGACGCUGAUCGGGACUAUUAGACAGCUCGCCUCCUCAAGACUGGCUCAGGCAUUCCUCUGCAACGCAGUUGAAGUUGGAGUAGGCACUCCAGAGGCGGAAGAAUCGGUGGCCAAACUUGAGAAACUCGCUUGCGAAAGCCAGUAUCAUUCUUUAGGGAGUUACGCCUUCGUGCCGAACGUCUACUUGGGCAUCUACUGCCACCUCCGGGGGCAAGACGAGCGGGCGCGGACUCUCUUCCGACCCUCCCUACAACGAAGUGUCCAAGCCCUCCUCGAUCACAAUCCCAAGAACUGGGAGCUUUCCGACCUACAAUAUACGCUGAUGAGGGCGGGAGACUUCAAAAAUGCUAUUGCAAUUGCCCACAGGUCGGAACAGGACAACGGCGACCCGUGGUAUAAGUGUCGUGGCCCAUGCCGGCGAAAAGCACCUACACGGGAUGGUUAUUCUAUUUGCCCCAUCUGUUUGGAAGGGAAGUUGUGUCCGAACUGCGUUGAACUGGUAGAGGACGCGAUGCCCAAGAAGAGAUGUAACUCCCAGCAUACUAGGUACUUUGUCUCCAUUCCCUCGCAGUUAAAAGAGAUCCGCAGCGGCACGGUGCAGGUUGGCGGCGAGGAGAUGGAGCUUGAGACGUGGUUGAAUCAGUUGAGGAAGGAAUGGACCCUUGGUACUUCCGAUCCUUCUGAUUCUGCCGCAGGUCAUCUUGGUUUUGAUGGCUUUCUACUAGGCUUUGUGGCAUAA